AUGGCGGUCUGGGUGACUGUUGACGCCAUCUCCGUGGAAACCACACAGGACGUUCUUCGGGCCGCCCGGGGAGCCAGUGUCACCCUUCCAUGCACCUACCACACUUCCGCCACGGAUCGAAACGGACUUAUCCAAUGGGAUAAGCUUCUCAGGAGUCAUUCGGAAAAAGUGGUCAUCUGGAAUUUUGAGACCAAAACCUACACCUAUGGUGACCUGUAUGAGAACCGUGUCAACAUUUCGAAAAAUGCCGAGCAGUCAGACGCCUCCGUCACCAUCAGUCAGCUGACCAUGGAUGACAACGGCACCUAUGAGUGCUCCGUCCUGCUGAUGUCAGACCUGGAGGGCACGUCCAAGUCACGCGCCCGCCUCUUGGUCCUCGUGCCACCCUCCAUACCAGACUGUAGCAUCCAGGGAGAAACCAUAAUUGGGAACGAUAUCCAGCUGACCUGCCAAUCACAGGAGGGCUCCCCGGCCCCUCAGUACAGCUGGAAGAGGUACGACAUCCUGAACCAGGAGCAGUCACUGACUCAACCAGUCUCAGGCCAGCCCCUCUACCUGAAGAACAUCUCCACGGACACGUCGGGUUACUACAUCUGCACCUCCAGCAAUGACGUGGGGACGACGUCCUGCAACAUCACUGUGGCCGUCAGACUUCCCUCCAUGAACGUGGCGCUGUAUGCGGGCAUAGCCGGGGGCGUGGCUGCGGCCUUCAUCAUCAUUGGCAUCAUCAUCUACUGCUGCUGCUGCCGAGGGAAGGACCAGGCUGAGGACAAGGAGGACGCGAGGCCGAAUCGGGCAGACUACCAGGAGCCGCCGGAGCAGCUGACAGAGCUUUCCAGAGGCAGGGAAGAGGAGGACAACUACAGGCAUGAAGACCCGACCAGCUCUGGGCGCGAAUCCCCGGACCCCCCUGGCCAGUGA